AUGCAUAUGUGGAAAUUAAGUAAUUUUGAAGGAGUGGUGAGGGAAAUGGUAACGAAGGGGUUGGUGGAGCUGGUGGAGGGCGGGCGGUGCCGGGCGCUCCGGCGCGCCGUGCAGGCGCUGCGCCAGCGGGGGGACGCGGCCGCCGCCGCGACCCUAGCGCACGACAGCCUGCGACAAAAAAGAGAAGCCAUUACCGGGGAACUGAAAUCGAUGGAAAUUCAAUUUGUGCAAGAACUUCGCAGCGCGGCUUGCAAAGUUGCAUUUCUCCGAGACAAACUGAAAGAUGAUCUUCUCAACGCGAGCACACGACUGCGCUACGCCGAAAAAUGGCUAAACGCGCGCGCCGAGGCGGCGGAGACGCGGUGGCAGCGACCGCUCGCGCCGGCGCCGGCGCCGAGUCCCGGCCACGAGGAGCGCGUGCACAACGAGCUGGUCAAGGCGUUUCUCUUGCAAAUAAAGGAACGUGAAGAGGUUUCUGAUUAUUGGCGAAUCCGAUAUUCUGAUGAUUUAGCCAAGAUAAAUGAAAAGUUAGCAAACAUACGAGAUGUGUACAUGGAGGCUAUUAAGUGCAGGGAACAACUACAAAAUUUAUACGACCUUCAUGAGGGCGAGAUGCGCGGCUGGCUGACUUUCAAGCGCGAGCGCGCGGCCCGGCUGGCGCGCGAGGAACGCCUGCGCUGUGCCGCCACUCGCGCGCAGUCGUGGUGGCGCGGCGUCAUGGUGCGCCGAGCGCUCGGACCCUUCAAACAUUUGAAGAACGCCAAGAAACAGCAACCGAAGACCAAGAAGAAAUAAAAUUGUGCUCACAUU